AUGGAAGGAACCCACCCUGGAGCGUCAACACCAUCCUCGGUUGCUCAUAUAAGUUUCGGGGAUGGGGAUUUCCAAUCCCGGUCUCUAAACCUGGACAAUCCAGUGGUGAUUUUGGUCCAAAUGGGAGAGCUAACUAUCAAAAAAGUCCUCUUCGAUCCAGGAAGCAGCGCCGACGUCUUAUUUUACUCCACAUUCAAAAAGAUGCAACUAAGCGACAAAUCACUGCAACCAUCAAACAGAGAAUUGGUAGGGUUCUUCGAGGGACGAAUACCUAUAUCAGGUUAUGUAUGGCUAAGAAUGACCUUAGGGGAAUUCCCGAACUCAAAAAUAUUAGAUAUCCAUUUUCUCGUAGUUGAUUGUAUAAGUCCUUACAAUGUUAUUUUGGGACGUCUAUCCCUUAAUUCUUUCGGAGCUAUUGUCUCCACGAUUCACCUGUGUGUCAAGUUUUCUGUGCAGGAUAACAUAGUAGCAACAGUACAUGCCAACUAUAAGGAGGCCAGACAAUGUUACAAUACGGGAUUAAAGGCCACCAUAAAAGAAACUAUUCCAAGAAUUCAUUCCAUAUAA